UCCCUUUUUAAGUGACACCAAACGCCGAAUAUUUAUUUUUAUUUUUAUUUUAUUUUUAAUUUUAACCUCUCCCCACUGCACUAUCGCCAUCGCUCCACCACCGCUCCUCCGCCGUCCUCCGCCGCAGUUUCUCUCUCUAAAACCUCCGAAUAAAGGAGCACCGUGUUAACCUCUCUCCUUGUCUCUCUAGAGCUGAAUUGAUAAGCUAGAACUAAUAAAUAGAUCUAAAAUAGAAGUCACGCUUCUCUGUUUUUCUGUGUGAACUGACUGUAUCUAUCUAGCUGGGGAGCUGAGCUGCAUUGCAUUGUGAGUGAUUAUAAUGGAUCGGAGGAGUUGGCCAUGGAAGAAGAAAUCUUCUGAUAAGUCAGCGGCAGAGAAAAUUCCUGCAGCUACAGUGGACUCAGCUACAGAUUCAAAUGCCGCUCAGGGUGAUGAGAGCAAGCAGGAAAACUACAAGAAACCAAAAUAUGUGCAAAUUUCUGUUGAGUCGUAUUCACAUCUCACAGGACUGGAGGAUCAAGUAAAGUCCUAUGAGGAACAGGUUAAAGUGUUAGAGGAGGAGGUUAAGGACUUAAAUGAAAAACUGUCUGCAGCUGAAGAUGAAAUGACUAAUAAGGACAACCUGGUGAAACAGCAUGCUAAAGUUGCUGAAGAAGCCGUCUCAGGUUGGGAAAAAGCCGAGUCAGAAGCUGCAGCACUGAAAAAUCAUCUGGAAUCUGUCACCCUGUUAAAGCUUACCGCUGAAGACCGUGCAUCACACUUGGAUGGUGCUCUAAAGGAGUGCAUGAGGCAGAUACGAAAUUUGAAGGAAGAGCAUGAACAAAAAUUGCACGAUGUGGUUCUUAAUAAAACUAAACAGUUUGACAAGAUGAAGCUUGAGUUUGAAGCAAAGAUAUCUAACUUGGACCAAGAGUUGCUCAGGUCUGCUGCAGAAAAUUCUGCACUCUCAAGAUCUUUGCAAGAGCGUUCUAACAUGCUGGUUAAGCUCAGUGAAGAAAAAUCACAAGCCGAAGCAGAGAUAGAACAUCUGAAGGGCAAUAUUGAAUCUUGUGAGAAGGAGAUAAAUUCUCUUAAAUAUGAACUUCAUAUUGUUGCCAAGGAGCUGGAAAUUCGCAACGAGGAAAAAAAUAUGUGCGCGCGAUCUGCAGAAGUUGCAAACAAACAGCAACUGGAAGGGGUAAAAAAGAUUGCUAAGCUUGAAGCAGAGGUCCAAAGAUUACGUGGUCUUGUACGAAAGAAGUUGCCUGGUCCUGCGGCUCUUGCUCAAAUGAAGCUCGAAGUUGAGAGUUUAGGUCGUGACUAUGAAGAAACUCGAUUGAGGAAGUCUCCAGGAAAGCCUCCUAGCAGCCCACACCAUUCCAUGCAUGAUUUUUCAUUUGACAAUAUGCAUAAGUACCAAAAAGAAAAUGAGCUUCUAACAGAGCGCCUUUUGGCAAUGGAAGAGGAAACAAAGAUGUUGAAAGAAGCUUUGGCAAAACGUAACAGUGAACUACAAAUCUCCAGGAGUACAUGUGCAAAGACUGCGAACAAACUUCAAAGUUUGGAGGUAAUGCUGCAAGUGAAUGGCGAUUACACAAGUCCUUUGAAGCACAAUAUGCAUAUCCCUGUGGAGGGUUCCUUCAGACAGAAUGCAAGUAACCUUCGAAGCUUGGCCUCCAUGUCUGAAGAUGGUAAUGAUGAUACAAUAAGUUGUGCUGGGUCCUGGACUGCAGCAUCAAUGCCUGAUCUCUCGCAUAUCAAGAAGGAUAAUAUCUUUGAAAGUCCACACAAGUCUGAAAGUGCAAGUCAUCUGGAGCUUAUGGAUGACUUCUUGGAGAUGGAGAAAUUAGCAAAUCUUUCAAAUGAUUCAAAUGGGGGAGUUUCAAGUUCAGAUGGUUUGAAUAAUAUUAAAUCUGAAGUUGAGAACACGAAUACCACAGCCCUGGAAAAUCAGGCAUCUUCUAACAAGGAUGUAUCAGAAGCUAAUCACCAACCAGUUUCAGAGCCUUCACCAUUCAUGAAACUGCAGUCCAAAAUUUUAAUGGUAUUUGAGUCAAAGUCUAGCGAAGCUGACAUGCAAAAGGUCUUGGAGGAUAUUAGACGCACUUUGCAGGAAAUGUCCGAGACUUUGAAUCCCCAUUCAGCCACAAGUGAUGUUGAGGCUUUGCCAUCUUCUGAUGCUUCAAUUAAAUGUGAGUCUUAUCUUGAGGUUCAUGAUGUAACUGCAGAAAAUAAUAUUUCAGUCUCUCAUGAUAGAAAUACUGGUGCUGAUGCUGUGCACAAUAUCAGCCAAGAAUUGGCAGAUGCUAUCUGUCAGAUUCAUGACUUCGUAAUGUUCAUAGGCAAAGAAGCAAAGGCUGUGCAGGGAACCUCUAUAGAUGGAAAUGGACUCUAUGAAAAGCUCGAUGAGUUCUCUGCAACAUACAUGGAAGUUGUAAGCAGCAAAGUUAGCCUUGUAAAAUUUGUUCUUGACCUCUCUCUUGUGUUAAGUAAAGCGAGUGAACUACACUUCAAUAUUCUGGGUUACAAAAAUUCUGAAACAGAGAUUAGUUCUGCUGAUUGCAUUGACAAGGUUGCUUUACCAGAGAACAAAGGUCAGCAGCACAUGGUAGAUGGAUAUUCAAAUGGUUGUGCCCGCUUGUCCGAUUCUGCGUCUGAUCCUGAUAUUCCUCAUGAUGGAAGUCUUGUUCCUACAUCCGAGUCAACUACUGCAUCAUGGAAAUGCUCGUCUGAGGAGUUUGAAAAUUUGAAAUUAGAGAAAGAAAAUCUGGUAGUUGACCUAGGUAGACGCACUGAAAAUCUAGAAAGCACAAAAUCCCAGUUGGCUGAGACCGAGCAGUUACUGGCAGAGAUUAAGUCACAGUUAAUAUCUGCUCAGAAGUCAAACAGUUUGGCAGAAACACAGCUUAAAUGUAUGGCAGAGUCGUAUAAUUCGCUUGAAGCACGUGCAGAGAACUUACAAGCCGAAGUUAAUGUUCUUCAGGCAAAAAUUGAAACUCUGGAUAUCGAACUUCAAGAAGAGAAAAAGGGUCAUCAUGAUGCUCUAGCCAGAUGCAAGGAUCUUCAAGAACAACUGGAAAUGAUUGAAAGUUCAAAAGCUGAGAUUGAUGCAAAGAAAACCCAGGAGAAAGAGUUAGCGGCUGCAGCAGAAAAGCUUGCCGAAUGUCAAGAAACAAUAUUUCUUCUCGGGAAGCAGUUGAAGUCUUUGCGUCCUCAGGCAGAGUUCAUGGGCUCCCCACAGAGCCCGAGAAGUCAAAAAGGGGAAGGCUUGAACGAAGAACCAACAAUAAGCGGAUUGAGCUUGCAUGAUGCUGAUCUGACUAAGCUAGACACUGCUGCUUCUCCCAAUCGGAAGCUGAACCUAGAGUCUCAAAUGGAACUAUACGAAGCUCGUUUUAGUCCCUCAGACUCUGAAUCAAACAACCCAUUGAGGUCACCUGUCAGCUCAAAACACCGGCCUACAAGGUCAAGUAUUCCUUAUCCAGCUUCUGCCCAGACACCUGAAAAGCACUCCCGAGGGUUCAGCAGAUUCUUCUCAUCAAAAGGAAAAAGCGGGAGUUAAGAGCUUGCAUCUUGCAGGCUUAACACCAUGGUGCUCUUUUAACAGUUCAUACAAUAAAACAUGAAAACACAGAAGCUCAACUGAAGAAGUCCUGUAGAUAAAAGUAGAGACCCCUUCUCAACCCUGCCUUGGUUCAUACAAGUGUUGCUGUGGAAUUUCAAGACAUGAGGCUUGAUAUCAUACAUUUGAGCUUGGAGGCAUACUGAAAACUAGUAAGUUCAGGGAUCUUUGUGAAUUUUUUAUUUUUAUUUUUAUUUUUUUCCUUCUUGGAUCUGAAAAUGUUGGUGAAACAUAUAUCACAUUCUGCUAGAAAUUCCAAAACUGUAGCCAUUCUGAUUGUUGUGUUUCAUCUCAGAGGAUGAUGCUCUCUGAUUACUGUAUGAAGUUUUUGUUUAAAUGGGUGUAUAUGAUUUUUUUGUGUCUA